CGCCGAGCACCAUCACGCUUCAGUCCAACACCAAGAAAGAGAGAGAGAGAGAGUAGUAAUAAUAGCACCACGUACAAGACGCCGCAAAACCGCCGCGGCAGCCUUCCGACAGGCACGUCGAUCAGGAACGCCCGCUUGCCUCGCUUCAGCGCUACCUACCACACGACUACUACUAUACAUUCCGCCUGCGCUGCUUCUGCAGCCCACUCUUUCGUGCAGCGCAGCAAUCACCGCCAAAAAAAAGAACUAUACUUGCUAGCUGCGACAGUCAUAGACGCACCACCAUGAGCUGAGGACUGCCUGGCCAUCGCACGCAGAUUCCCAAGCAAGCUCGAGCUCUGUCCACACACACACCUCAGAACGCUGCCCCUCGCUCCCACAACCCGACGUUUGCCUCGCUCCCCGCCAACAACACCAACACCACCACCACUGCCACCACCAUGCGCAGAUACAGGCCUGGCGGCGGCCCUGUGCGGGCUCAUGGCGGUGUAGUCGUGCCUGAUCCUUUCGCCAUGGUGCGCGCAUACGACAGUGACUCCAAUCCCGCUCGCCCCAUACGACCCUCCCCUCUCGCAGCCUCUACCAUCCAGGGUCUACCGCUGGACCUGCUCGACCGCCUGCGCUCCUUCCCACUCUUCCAAGCCGCGCCCGACUCGUUCCUCACAGCCGUGGGCUUACACCUCAAGCCGCAGCUCCACCAGCCGCAUGACACAAUCCUCACAGAGGGCGAGACGGGCAAGGCCAUGUACUGGCUCGUUCGCGGUGCUGUGCGCGUAACCUCGCGGGACCAGGAGAGCACCUUUGCAGAGCUGAAGCCUGGUGCUUUCUUUGGCGAAAUUGGCAUACUCAUGGACAUUCCCCGCACCGCUACCAUCAUCGCCAACAUGCGCUCGCUCGUGGUGCGCUUGAACAAGGAGGAUCUCAUGAAGGAGCUGCCCAAGUUUCCAGAAGUGGAAAGAGCCAUCAUGCACGAAGCACAGGAGCGUCUAGCCAUUUUACAGCGUAAGAAACACGAACUGGGUGGCAAGCGGCCCGCAAUCCCCGUUCGCCAAAUCACACGCAAGCGAGACCGCGAGGACGGAGACGUGGUCAUGGCUGAGGUCGGUACCUUGCGCGAUGGGGAAAUCAAUGCCUUCAAAAAGAGAAAGUCUCCGAGUCCAGGUCUCACCGACGCUAUAGCCCACAGCGCGUUCGGAAGCGGAAGUGUCCAUGUGAGACCGCUGCUCAAAGAACUGCCACUCUUUUCUGAGCUGCCUGACGACAUCCUCCACUUCAUCGGCAUGCGUGCACAGCCUCGUUCCUUUGAUCCUUUUACUGAUAUUAUCCAACAAGGCACCCAGGGACGUGAUGUUUUCUUCAUUGUCAAGGGCGAAGUCGAAGUCAUCAGCAACAUGAACCCACCAGAGCAGAAUGGCCACCCAUCCCCUAACCUUGGCCGCAGGAAAUCAAUAGCUGCCGGGGAGCAUCACUUCCAGGAAGUCAAGGCUCGACUCAGGCCCGGACAAUACUUUGGCGAAGUAGUCAGUCUUUCCCUCGCACCACGCCGCACCGCUACAGUCCGCACCGUCUCGUCUGUAGAAUGUCUGAUGAUCAGUGGCGACACGCUGAACCAGCUGUGGGAGAAAUGCACCCCAGACGUGCGCAGGCAGGUCGAAUCGGUGGCAAAGGAGAGGCUGCAGACGGCCAAAGAUGACGAUGUGCGCAUGUCGGACGCGGACAGUACACCCAAAAUCGACGAGCUAGCCAUUGCAGACAUCAUCAUACCACGGACACCAAGACGCAAGAGGAGCGUGCCAAGCGUCACAUUCAACGAUAUGCCUAGCACCAUCGAGAGCCCAGUGACACCGACCCGGAGAGACGAGAAGAUGAUGGAACCUUUCGACCCGGAUCCUUUCCUAAACGUUGAUCUCGACAACGUAAGAUCACGAUCACGGAGAGGGUCACUUGCGCCUCCUACCCCAGGCUCCACUACAGACUCGCCUUCAAGCCCGUCGAAGGGCGAAUUCCCGAAAUCACCCUCACCGAACGGAUCGCCGCUGUCCCCAUCCCCACUUCCAAUACCGAAGCACACGUCUACCCCACCAGAGGCCCCUGUUGACUUCAAGCGCCCGCGAAUGAUAAGACGACCGAGUAGACAUGGGAGAGGGAAGCUUCCGGAUCCGUUAUUGACCAAGGUCUUUCAGAAUCUGGACAUACCUGAGCUGAUGAAGCUGCGGGAGAUAUCUUGGCAUUGGCACAGAGUCAUCUCAACAUCACCAGAUAUCCUACACAAUCUUGACCUCACCAAGUACAACCGGAAGGUGACAGACCGAACACUAGUAGAUAUAAUAUGUCCAUUCGUCGGCAGCCGACCACAGUACAUCAACAUCAGCAACUGCUUCCACGUAACAGAUGAGGGUUUCGGCGAACUGGCAAAGACUUGCGCCCCUAAUGUCAAGAUAUGGCGCAUGAAGAGCGUGUGGGACAUCACCGGCCCUGCUGUCCUUGAAAUGGUGCAAAAGGCCAAGAAUCUAGAAGAGGUCGACCUCAGCAACUGCAGAAAAGUGGGCGACAACCUCCUCGCUCGCGUCAUCGGCUGGAUCGUUCCCGAACUACCCCCACAAAUGGCCUUGGCUCACGCCCAACACCAAGCUCAGAUUAACAACCGCCGCCAGAACGGCCAAAAGGCCGGAGCUAAUGGCCAACAACCAGUUCCCCAACCCAUACCACCGGGCACCGUCGUUGGCUGCCCCAAACUUCGACGCCUGACUCUCAGCUACUGCAAACACAUCACCGAUCGGUCCAUGGCGCACAUCGCCGUCCAUGCAGCCAAUCGCAUCGAAAGCAUUGAUUUGACUAGGUGUACAACAAUUACAGAUGUGGGCUUUCAGCAUUGGAGUGUUUAUCCGUUUCCGAGAUUGACGAGGCUGUGUUUGGCGGACUGCACGUAUCUGACUGAUAAUGCGAUUGUCUAUCUUACGAAUGCUGCCAAGGGGUUGAGGGAGUUGGACUUGUCAUUCUGCUGUGCACUCUCCGACACAGCGACCGAAGUCCUCGCCCUCGGCCUCCCUUCUCUAACGCACCUCAACCUCGCCUUUUGCGGAUCCGCCGUCUCAGACACGUCGCUGCGAUGCAUCAGUCUCCAUCUCCUCGAGCUCCGCCAACUCUCUGUUCGUGGCUGCGUUAGGGUAACGGGCACCGGUGUCGAAGCGGUUGUCGAGGGCUGCAGAGAUCUAGAACUGUUUGAUGUGAGUCAGUGUAAGAAUUUGGGAAGAUGGUUGGAUGCGGGCGGUCCCGAGGCGGUGAGAAAGAAGGGGAGGAACGUCAAGUUCGAAACAGUUGCAGAUGGGCGGUGGAGAGUUGGACGGAAGGACUAGGGACUCCCUAAAGAGACGUGAUUUGACGAUGUAAAGAGCUGGAGCGUUCUGUCCUUGGAAACCGCACAUUGGAAACGCUUCGACACACAACCACAACGAGACGAUAUCUACUAUAUGCAUUGCGAGCGAGCGAGCGUACGAGGCGUUCUGACAUAUAUUUUGAACCUAGAAGCCAGGAAGCUUGAGUACAUUUUUAACGCACCACAUGCGUGGGCGGCAACGGAUGAUAUAGAUUUUGCACGUUUUUCUUCUUCUCUCUUUUUGGUUGCUUUGCUUUCAAAGAUACCAGCCCAGCUAGCUAGCGAUGUUCCGUCUUUUUAUAUAGCGUCGUAUGUAGUCCUGUAUAUAACAUGAAAUGACAUGGAGAUUAUCACUCG